UUUUGUUCUUGUAUCACUCACUCUAUGAACAUAAAACACAAUAUGUAGGUGUAUUUUGAUAGAGUUACAAACACUGUGAAUUGUUUUGACCAAGCUAGCUAAGCUUUUCAGUGCCUGGCAGUUCUAGGUUAGGGAAAUGUACAUUUGUGCCCAUGUCUUACAAUCUAGCCUUUUUUUGUAAACUUCUCUCUCUGUUAUUUGUGUUGUGGUUUUCAUAGUGGACAAGUCAUUUGCAGAGAGCCCAUUCCUUGCUGGCUGAAAGUGGUCCUCUGCUGCCAUCAGGAGAUUAGAAAAAUUAAUGGCACCAGGCUCGCAAGCCCCUUCUCACUCUUAUUCUGCAGUAAAAUAUUAACUCUUUUUUUCUCUCUGUUCAAGGCAUUUUUUCAUUAAAACACACUAGCCACACAACUCUUAAGCAAAAUGGGGAAGGGGGUGCAGGGCCAUCUCUGUCCCUCAUUUCUGAUAUAAAGGCUUUGAAAGAAUUUUCCAAAUAUGAUUUGUUUCAAUCAGUAGGCAUGCACAGACACAAAGCAUGCAAGGGAAAUUAGCUAAUUAGUUAUGCAUGCUAAAAAACAAAAAUUGAAGGUCUGUAUCAUCAACAUUUAGUAAUUUUCAGCAGAUGCUCUGGAAAUUUAUCAACCCACAAUUUGGCUAUUAAUCUUGAUAAAAAUCUUGUGCUUAGCUUCCUUUGGCUUGUAUUUGCUCCAUGUGCCAAAGCCUUAUAUUGUUUUUGUACAUUGUGCAUCUCCAUUCCCAAAUUUGUACUAACAUACUGGAGGUAAAAGUAGUCUUAAGCCUCUGCUUGAUGUUGCAGUGAAAUGCUUAUAUUAUUGACCCUCUCCACACAUGACUCUGAAAGGGUUGAGUGAAUCUCACGUUUAACGGUGGUGUUUCUUUUGUUGUUGUGUUUUACAGUUCUUUUUCCUGGUUCAGCCAGCCCUAUAUACCAGGCCCUGCUGAAAAUGCCACCCAACAGUUUUGUCUUCUGCAGCCUUAUCCUGUUUCUCAAGUGUCCUUUCUGUCUGGUGUGUGUGUGUGUGCGCGCGCAUAUGUGUGUGAUUGUGUGUGUGUGUCUCUCUCUCUUCGUGAAAAUGAAAAUUGUCACAUUCGAAAAUAGCCUGUUUUCAGAUUGCACAACCAUGGAUCAUGAUCUCCAUAAGAUUUUCCCUUAGAUUUUUUUUUUCUUUACUGUUCUAUGUUUUGUUUCUCUUCAGCUUUGGGCACAUUGUUCAUGAUUCUAUCGGGGUUUUUGCUGGCAAUAGCCCUUACUUGAUAGAACCUUUUUCAGUGUAAUAUAGCCUCAACUUUGUUUGCUGUUUUGGCGAGUUACUGUUGGCUAAAAUCGAGCAGUACUGUAUCUGGUGAGCACUGUAUAUGGUUGCCAUGUAAGUGUCAUGGUGGUUGUGUAGAAAGUAGCCACCAGCAAAAGCCCAGACAAGGGCAUAUGAUUUGAACCAUUUCUGUUAUUGUAUUGGUAAUGGUAAGUAAUGAACCAUAAGUGAUGAAUUGUACCCUUCUGUCUACACCCAAAUCAUGAACUUUGUUUUCUGUAUCUCAAUGUUUUUUGUGUGCUUUAUAGCGAAGCAGCCGGCGCGAGUCGCUUGUUCAUAAAACAUCUAAUGAAAGUUGAGAGCACAUCCCACUGGACAACCGACUGUGCUUGCUUACGUUUGGUUCAUGACUUAAAAAACAAGUACAGGAGUUAUUCCUGAUGAAUCUAAAGCUCUGUCGCUGCUGGCUCCAGCCAAUGCCGUGGCAGGAAUGAUGCCUGGGGGAGGCCUUCUACCCACACCAAAUCCUUUGGCAUCAAUGGGAGGGGCACCAUUCGGAGGUCUUGGAGGUCCUAACAUGGAGCAAAUAGCCAUGGGGAUGCCUGGACCUAACAUGAACCCCCAGGCUCUUUCUGCUGACUUCCUGAAGCUCAUGCAGUCGAUGGACCCCAAGUUGAAUCCUAUGGCAGCUGGACUGAACUUAAACCCAGGGUUGAAAGCUGAUGCCUCCAAUAAGGAGAUUGAGGAGGCCAUGAAGAGAGUUCGAGAAGCCCAGUCCCUCAUAUCUGCAGCCAUAGAGCCAGGAAAUAAAAAAGAUGAAAAGCGCAAACAUUCCCGCUCUCGCUCCCGGUCACGGUCACGACGCAGGAGGUCCAGGUCUCGUUCAAAACACAGACGAUCAAAGAGCCGUUCUCGGCGGAGGUCCCACUCGAGGAGCAGGAGGAGGUCCAAGAGCCCACGAAGGAGGAGGUCUCACUCCCGAGAUAGAAGCCGCCGAAGUAGAUCCAGGGACAGAAGGAAGGAGGAGAAGUCUAAGAAACGGUCUAAGACGCCCCCCAAGAGCUACAGUAGCGCCCGCAGGUCUCGGAGUAUUAGCCGGAGACGCAGGCGAAGCCGCAGUGCAUCUCGGUCCCCAAAGAGGAGGCUUUCCAGAUCGCCAUCACCCAGACGCCACAAGAAAGAGAAAAAGAAGGACAAGGAUCGGGAGAAGGACCGCGACAGAGACAGGAGGGAGGACCGGGACAGGAGCAGAGAUGAAAGAGAACGUUCCACUAGUAAGAAGAAGAAGAGCAAAGACAAAGAGAGAGAUCGGGAUCGCAAGUCUGAUAGCGAGAAAGGAGAUGUCAAGGUGACCAGGGAUUAUGACGAGGAGGAGCAGGGUUACGACAGCGAGAAGGAGGGAGAGGAGGAGGAGGAUGACAGGAAGAGUGACUCGGACUCCGCCUCGUCCCCCAAAGCCCCCGAGGAGCUGGAGAGAGCCGAGGGAGCGAUGCCUAAGAAGUCCAAACUAAAUGGAGACGAUCAUCACCAGGAGGACAUGGAGAUGAGCGACUAACAAUAUCUGCAGCUUUCCUGCUUUGUUUUGUUGUUGUUUUCCUUUUUUUAAAAAAAAAAACAUAGGCCACAAAACAGUUGUGCCUGAUCACUGAAAGUUUAAAAGGUGAUUUAUAGUCUUUGGGGGGAGGGUGGGGUGGGGUACAAGUGUUUUGCAUUUUAGAUUCUCUCAAAAGACAGACGGGAUAAUCAGAUUAUCUCUGUAUUGGACAGAGUGUCUAGUCAGCAUGUGUAGGAAAAUUGUCACAAUUUUUUGUAAAGAAAACAGUGAGGAAAAAGAGAAAAAUAUUAAUAUUAGACAUGGUUUUAAAUUGUCAAAAUGCUGUAUUUUUAAAACCCUACUGAUUUUUUUUUUCUCCCAUUUAAGUUUCCAUUUGUCUUUAAAAACUUUUGGUCUUCCUGCCAGUAGAAUAUACAACAGUUUCCACUAUAAUGCAGUUUCUAUAUACCAGACAGGAUUUGGUCCCUUGCCCAUUCUGACUGUCAUGUAACACUGAACAUCAGCACCAUGUUCCAUUUGGUGCAGUGCAGCUUUUAUUUGUUUGCUCUGUUGGAGACAUAACCAAUUUGCUUUAACUGUAUUGCACUCAGUCCUGCUCCAUCUGUCCCAUCCUUUUCACCACCCCCAUGUAAGUGUACACUGUAGAUCCAAACGUGUUGCUGUAAUACAUUGUAAUAUUUUACAACAAAGUAAUAAAAUUUGGGUUAAACUGUU